UUUUGUGAAUCCAAAAAUUAACCGUCGACACCAAGGUUGCACGCAUGCAUGGUUUGCAUGCACGCAGCAAUCAAACAAAGUGGCCACAACGUACUUUAAUAAACGCUAAUUAGAGCACAAUUAGUACACGAGCGUACCUAUGUUGAUUGGGUCAGGGAGAAAUCGAUACAGUGUCAGGUUGCAUAUUAUGUACCGUGCACCAAAUUCCUCCAGCCGCUAGUAUCUCUAGAUUGCGUGCAUAUCGUUGCAAACACGCACCUUGUACUCCGCUGAACCUCGCAUAUACUACCACUCCUGCCAAUGUAACUGCAGAGCGCUGGAAAAAUUUACUUCACGAAAUUGUACAUUUCUGUACCUCUUCCUUGAUGAGUUUGUGAAUGCCGCCUGAUCUGAGCGCCGACUCAUGACGGAGAAACGCCAACUUAAACAGGAUCAAAUUUUCGAGGACCGAUUAUGACUGUUCCAAACCAAACCCGAUGAAAGGAAGGAAAAGGGACACCCUACCGUCGAAGGCCGAUCCCAUGAAACUCACAUGGACCAGAGAUUCGGUGGUGUCCCUGAAGCGAGAGGACGAGGUACGGACACAAGGCCACGUCUUCACGUUGACCGAGUGCGAGAUUGAGCGCAAAGUGUUCAAUCUGCGUUACCACACGUGCAACGACGCAUACUACAGGCUGGGCUCCGAUGAAGCCGUUAUUGAUGGCUGGGAGAACGGCAUCUAUGCGGCUGUGAAUGUGGAGAGGCAUGUUGAUCAUGAUCUGGCCUACUUGACCAGGGCAGACGGUCAUCGCGACGCAUCCAUCAGCUGGAAGGUUGACCUGACCGGCACCGGUCUGGUCGUGGACUCCAUCCAAGCCCUGACCCUGAGCAGGACGCUGCGAGGAGGAAUGGUCACGUACGACAUCGUCAGUCCUGACGCUGAGCAGGCUCCAGAACAAUCAGGAUACAAGGCCAACGGUUGGCAGACCCUUUACCUCAUUGCGUACCUCAGCGGGAGUCGAACCGAAGACACCUAUGAUCAGACUCAGCUGCUCUACCAGAGCAGCCUGGAUGACCAGGACAACUUUCCUCUGGAUAUCUUGAUCACCCUCAAGCCUUUGCAGGAAAUUCUAUGCACAUGCACACCAGACUCUGAACAGUCACACAAAGAAGGAAUCCAGGAACUUGUAGAGAUCCACCUUCCCCCGAUUGAGAAAUGCACUUGCUACUUCCCGAACAACCACCUCGAAAACUGUCCGGAUGCCAACGAGCAAAGGACGCCAGUGGUUGCUGACUCUGUAGAUGGUGCACAGAGCAUCGAAGACCUCAGCAUUGUGAACAAUCACGCAAUAAGUCUUCCCGGCACGCCGAUCCACAGGAAGCACUACGGCAGCCGAGCGAGCUCAGGGAGCAGCCGCAGCCACAAACUGAGCAAGCGCAACAGGGUGCAGUCCUCGGAACCGAGUGGCUACGACAACUCGGGGGCGGAGUCGCCGAUCCGCGUACACGCACUGCGUCACGUGACAUCGUCUGAACAAUUUGAGAUGCAGGAGUUGGAGGUGUGUGAACUGGAGAAGACGAGUAGCCGACUUGGAGCACAGACGUCCGAGGCCAGGAAGGCGUGGACGGAUGGAAAACAGAGAGACAGUGAAUCCUUGGUUGGGGAUGACGACACAGGCUCCACACGUCGUUUCUGCAAAGGGUCACUAUGCACCAUCUCAUAAAACAGCGCUAGUCUGCAAAUUGGGGGCUCUCAAUACUGUGUUGUUGAAAGUUUCCAAACUUCAGAGAGUAAAAACAUGUAAAACAAGAAAAUGGUUUGGCACAUAAAUCGACCAGUCCAAAGAAACAUCUGGUACCUAGUGUCUAUUCCUAUACAUUUUGUCCACAGUAGUGUCACCAGACUACUCACUGGUCAAUUCUGUGAAAAAGUUGGAACGUAUACCAGUUUAGUCUAAGGCUGCAUACAUGUGUAUUUAAAAUGUAAAGGCUUCACUUCCUGGUGCAAAAAAUCCAAAGAAAACUCUACUCUCAAAUUGAACUUAAGACCUAAAUCCUGGCUCGUGAAAUAUCAAGGACCUCAUCUUUGCUUCAUGGAAAUUUUGCACAACUUUGUUGGUUACAGAAUGAGUAAAGUUGGCUUGAUUUGCAUGUUUUUUUCUGUGCGCCAACUUGCAGUACAUAAAGAGACAGCUCUUCAACUUGCAAUUAAAUACAUGUACUAAACCAAAGAUUUUCAGUAUGUAUUGAGCAAUGCAGUUUUUUUUCAAAUAUAGAAAUUUGGAAAAACAACUGCAUGUCAUAGUAUAUGUAUAUUUUGUUUAUAUAUCAUGUUUUAUCUGUAAAUAACUCUUUUUUUAAUAAACAUUCUAACGAGAGGCUUGAAUAUAGUAUGUAUAUAUAAUUAAGUCCCCCAUCCCGUAAUUUAUGAUCACAUCUGAAAAUACAUGUAACUAUUAAAACCCUAACAGUCCCCAUCCAGUCAAACUCCAACACCAGGGUUUGUUGGAAUCUGUUGGAGUACUGCACUAGUAAACUGAUUAUGCUUUACAUGGGGUUAGGCAUACCACCAUAAUCAGAGUCCAACAGUUUGGGUGUAGAGUUUGGUAUUGGAAUUUGAAGGGAUGAGGAAGGUUCCUGGUAAAUCACUCAAAGGGGUUAGGGCCGUAUGAAGUCUUUCACAAGUUUAAUUUUUCCAAGUCAAAUUAAAGCAAAAUAUUCUGAAAAUGUUAAUUUAUUUUUUACCAUGCAAUGACAAUUUGCUGCUUAAAGUAAAAAUUCAUGGGUACCAGGAGCCAAUU